AUGGCUUCGGAUGCAGAUGCAGAUUGGACAAGCCGAACCACCACCCUACCGGGUGUCGCAACAGACACCACAGUCGUGGCUCUUGAUCCCCCAAAUACCUCCACCGCUGCCUCGACAUGGUUCAUCCACAGCGGGACAACAAGCGUCCUCUACACGACCUGGAGAGAUAACGCAGCGACCACUGUGUCAACCUCGUGGACUCCAGCCCAGGAAGCCGCCACUGACGAACAGUCCCCCUCCCCAUCCUCUACGUCUAGUUCACGCACCUCUACGUCUACCUCCAGCAUAGAUGAAUCGCCUGGAACGCCGACGAUCACACCUACGCCCUCAUCCCCGUCGUCCAAUUCCACGAGCACACAGUCUCACCAAGCCAAUUCGGGUUCUUCGAAUUCGAAAAGCAGCGGUUAUAGCACGGGGACUCUGGCGGGCGCAAUAGUCGGAAGCAUCAUCGGCACCGCGCUCCUAACCUUGUUCCUGGCGUUCCUUUUCUUCCGCCGCCGCCGCCGCACCGAUGCAUCCCAGCCCGAUCACAAUCCAGGAGUCCAGUACGACAAAGCCGGGACUGCGAUCUCUGAAUCCGGAACUGGAGCUGGAGCGGGAGCAGUCUUCUCCCUCGCAUCAGUAACUCCACAGCCCGCAGACGAUGAGACGGUGCGUCGACGGAUUCUCACACUGAUCGACCAGGCGGAUCUCCAUGUCGACAAUUACUACGUCCCGGCCUCAUCCUCAACAUUGCCGCAUCUGACUCAAGCCGACAUUGCCAAACUGGAAAAAUACAACUCGGAGUACCUGCCCGACUCGGUCGUGGAUCUGCUCCAGAAACGAACCGUCCAGCGACAAGUCGUCACGCAUGUUCUGGUUUACACACUGCUAAAGGCGAUAGGUCCAGGAGGAACGUUGCUGCCGGCGCUGCUCGCCGCACAGCCACAGGUUGAGACCGGGACUACAUCAAACGAACUCCCAACCUACCUCUUCGCCUGGCGCAUGCUCACCGCGCACCUCUACACCAAUAGCAAAGGCAGCGCUCGCCCCCCUCCCACAAGCCCACACGCUGGAGAUCUAGCCGCGCAAUUCACAUCCGCCUUCGCACCCUACGCCGUGUCCGUCCCAGAGCCCGACCGCCUCGCGCACCUUGAGAACCUCGCAACAGCCACCGCCGAGCUCGGGACAUGGCUAUUCGCGCAGCCCUGCACGUUCCGGAUGGAUUGGGAGAGGAGGGCGCGGGGGUUCAGCGUUUCACCGGGCGUGGUGAAGAUAGCUGAUGAGACGGGGCGGAGUCUGCUGGAGCCGCAGGUUCUGGUCGAGGAGGUUGAGGCGAGGUUUUAG